AAAACGACGCUUGGUGCUCUUGCUGAUCGUACGCGACGUCGUAAGGAUGGACCGUUGGGCAGGAAAGGUGGCUGUCGUGACAGGAGCAAGUGCAGGAAUCGGGGCGGCCAUCGUUAAACAAUUGGUCCGCAAUGGAAUGAUGGUGGCUGGGCUUGCACGACGGGUGGACAAAGUCAAGGAGCUGGCGGAAAGCCUCGAAGAUUGCUCGGGAAAGUUACACGCGGUCGAGUGCGACGUUUCCAAAGAGGAAAGCGUCGUUUCCGCUUUCGCGUGGGUGCAGGAGAAUCUGGGGCCCGUAAACGUGUUGGUAAACAACGCUGGAAUGACGAAGGAGUCCUCGCUGAUAGAGGGUAGCCUGGAGGAUUGGCGCACCGUUUUCGACACGAACGUCCUCGGGCUAUGUCUCUGCACUCGAGAGGCUGUUCGAUCGAUGCGAGAGACCGGAGAAGAAGGGAUCGUGAUAAACAUAAACAGCCUGGCGGGCGAACGAGUGCCCUUCAUACCUGGUUUCUCUGUCUAUCCAGCCUCGAAGAGGGCUGUGGUUGCUCUGGCGCAAACGCUCAGACACGAGCUCACGGGAACACGGAUACGCGUCACGGGUAUCAGUCCAGGACUGGUUGCAACGGAGUUAAUGGUCUCGUACAGCACGUAUACGGAGGAGGCAUUAGCUUCGUUGCCCACUCUGGACCCGGAAGACGUAGCUGCAGCGGCUGUAUACAUUUUAUCGAAUGGUCCUAAUGUCGUUGUUCAAGACAUCGUUCUGCGGCCCCUAGGCGAAUCUUGGUAAUAAACUCGUUGAUAGUACCUAUCGAGUUGCACUUUUAUUAGAAUUACUAUGCCAAUUAUUACACGAUAAAUGCAAUAACAAUUAUGUUUAUGUAAGCUUACGAAGACACUUUCACUCGUUAUCGUUGUUUUCACGUGUUCAAAUGUUUUUCUCGUUCGACUGCUCCGACAAGAACAAGUUAAUCGUCAAAUGACAUAACGUAUCGCGUGUUUUCAUUCAACGCGAGUAAAUUUAUCACGGAUCGUCAAUUAUGCCGAAUAUGGUCAUCUCCGAAGAUCGAUUUUUUUCUCUUCAUUGUUACCACGUAAUUUGAUGCACCGAUUCCAAAGAUUGGAUGAAUUUUUUUUUCUGGUUCCAAACUGUGAUCUGUGGUCUUUUCAAAAUAAACAACAAAAUCGUAAACAGCAUUAAAAUUCACUUUGU